CUGAAGGAUACGCCCACUUGUCUGGCACGAUGGAGUCGGCUCCGGCUGAAGCAGGUGCGAUAGGCGAAGAGCCUGGCCGAGCGUCAGACCCAUUGCUUCGACGAAGGUACAUGGCUCUGGUGAGCGGCCUGCCGAUCAUGGACAAAAAAGGUCGUCUCCUGACCUGCCGAUACGACCGUCUGAAGGAGCUACGGCGCAUGGUGAUUGUCUACGGGUUGCCGGUCGAGGAACCCGAGGAGGUCGUCGAGAACGCGCUGACGCUACGUGGUCGUGUGUGGAAGGUGCUGCUCGGCAUGGACGACGACAGCGCUGCGUCCGUGGAACGCAAGCAAGAGUACAAGCGGACGGUGGCCAAGGGCGCGUCGUCAAGCGACGGCGAGAUCCGCAACGAUACGUUUCGGACGUUCCGCGGUGACCCGAGCUUUGCGCGGCGCGUGCCUGAAGCCACGUUGGUCCGCGCGCUCAAUGCGUUCCUCCAUGACCAUGGCAUGUCAUGCCAAGACGGCCGACCCGACUGCGACCAACCGUUCCGGUACUUUCAAGGCAUGAACAUCCUGUGUGGCAUCUUCCUCUACGUCCUCCCAGAAAGCGACGCGUACUUGAGCUUGGAGUUGUUUGUCACCAAGCAUUGCCCUCGCUACGUCGCGCCGCAGCUCGCCGGCGUGCACGUCGCCUGUGGACUCGUGGACCGAUGUCUUCAAACGCUCGAUUACAAGCUGUACAAACACUUGCUGUCGCAUGGCAUCACGGCCAAAGUGUACGCGUACCCGAUCAUCUUGAGCUUCUUUGCGUGCAUCCCACCGCUGUCCGAGCUCCUCCACAUCUGGGACGUGCUGCUGGCGAUGGGCGCACACUUUGUGGUGCUUUUGGCCACCGCCCACGUCGUGCUCUUGCGCACUGAACUGCUUCACACGGACAUGCACUUGAUGAACAAACUCAACUUGCGUGAGACACCGCCGCUUCAGGCGCAGCAUCUCAUUUACGUCGCCCUACAGUUGCUGCAUCGGUUACCGGAUGAGUUGUACUUUGAGAUUGCGCGGCACCCGUUUGAUGCCGCCGACACGCUCGCCAGCAUCAUGCUAUCGCCCCCCACGCUCAAUGUGGUGCUGGAAAAGGUCAAAAAGCUCAAAAAGGACAAGUCCGUCAAGAAAGCCGCAGCCGCCGCCCUCGACACCAAGCCGCCGUGGAAACUCUAAACAACGAGACUGGGGAACCAAGAGUUGUAUACUUUUAAUACUACUUAAAAGUACUACGUAGUAGUAAGAGGUAUAUCUGGGUACAAUAAUUCUUUUUAG